AUGUUAACCCAAAUACGACACUUUAUUAAACGCAAUUUCAAAGCUCUACUAUUACUAAAUUUUAUUGCUCUCAUUACUGUUUCUCAAUAUUCUGCUCCAAAACCUGUCAUUGAACAAAAAUCAGCUCCAAUUAGAGAUACUUUGGGAUAUUUGCAACAUACGCACACGUUUAUUCAUUCCGCUUAUUAUUAUCCGGAAUCUAAAUCGUAAGAAAACUUGUGUGAUUAAAAUCUAAACAGUUUUUGUCUAUUUUUUCACUUGAGUAGAUUCAAAAUAAAACCAGUUUUUCAUUUUGAAAAAAAAUUAAAAAAUUAAGGCUCGGUAAAAAUGCCAUCGCAAUCGUGACUACAACCAAUAAACGAACUGUAAAACAGAUUUUGAAAAUGAAAAUAAAUUUAGUCGCUUCGAAUGACACUGGAAUUAUAAACACCGCAGCUACGGUAACAACGUGAGUCGUGAAAUACGUAGUUACAAGAAUCAGAGUAGAAUUUUUUUUUAAUUUUAAGCGAACAUCGUUUAACUGAUCGUUGUGAUUAUUUGAUGUUACUCGCUCAAGCAAACACAUUAGAAAAUAUGAAUGUGCUAGAAAUUGAAGCAGAUGGUAUAACAGCUUCUAUACCUUUCAAAAAACCAAAAGCUGUUGCUCCAAAACCGGUUAUGUUCUGUGUUGCUCCACAAUUUGCAGCUGAACAAUGGCAAACAUUUUUGGCUCAAGUUCAUAUUUCUAAAUUUUACGGAGCACAUUUGCAAAUGUAUGUUGUCAGUAUGGUUGAGUCAUAUUUUCAACUUCUGCAAGAGUAUGAAAAAUUGGUAAUUUUUAUAGAUGUUUUUCUAGUUUUAUAAAAAAACCGAUAACUUCAGGGUUAUCUGUCAAUUGAACCUUGGCUUACAAUUAAAUUUUCAAAAGUUGAUGAACCUGUUAUUGAACCAAAUAGAAAUGUAGAACUUCGUGCACAAACUGCAGCCCAUACAGAUUGCCUGUUGAUGUACAAAGAAGCUGCCACAUUUAUUGGAUUCGUUGACAUGGAUGACUUGUUAAUACCUGUGAAUUCGGCAUCAUAUUAUGAAGAAUUUGAAAGAGAUUACAAUGGUAAUUGGUUAAUUAGUUCGCUACAUUACACUAAAUAUGAUUUCCAAACAAUUAAAUCUCCAUACCUCGAUGAAACUUCAAUUUUACAAAUGGUGAAACAAGCAAAGUAUAUGAAUACAACGGACAGCGGAAAAUCAUUUGUUCGAGCAGAAAGAUAUAAUUCAACAUGGGCUCAUUGGAGUAGAGUUGCUGAUUUAGUUCCACAGUUUUUUGGAGAAUCGGAAGAAAAACCAUUUUUAAUGACUCGUAGAGAAAUGAAUACCACUGGAAUGUUCCAUUUGAAAAGACAAAUUUCGAAAACUGGCUUGCAGUUAGCUAAUCUCGGAGAAGGGCAAAUUCCUUUAAACCCAGUUAAUAAUAAAACAACAAUAAUAAGUGAAGAGAAUUUACAAGCAAUUGAAGAUGAUUUGCAACGGUGAGAGUAAUUCGAUUUUCUAACUUGUUGAAUAGAGGAAUUUUCAGUCAUCUUGCCCUACCACAAAUUCAGAAACUCGCUCCAUAUCUUCCCAAGGAAGAUUUUUAUAUGCCAAUAAUUUUGAAAUGUUAUACUGAUGCAUUUUAUCAUGCAAGAGAUAUUGGAAGAUUCAGUCAAGCAGCUAUUUGUAUAAACGCUUAUAGUUGUGAUAUUCCUCAACGACAUGAUUAUUCUUGUGUUCAUUCAGAUGCAAUGUAUCAUUCAGGACCAAGAAUGGAUCCAAUCACUUAUCAUUAUACCACAGAUUCAUAUUUUACUAGAAGUAUAGGAUGUUAUCAAUAA